AUGAAUAUGUCAUUUGGAAACGAUGCCUAUCAGAUUAAGAUGACCCACGUGACAGCAGAUUGCACUACUCCAGGUUCUGUUGAUCAUUCUGACCAGCCUCAGUGCCACAUGAAUACGUCAUUUGCAAACGAUGCCCCUCAGAAACAGAUGACCCACGUGACAGCAGAUUGCACUACUCCAGGUUCUGUUGAUCAUUCUGACCAGCCUCAGUGCCACAUGAAUACGUCAUUUGCAAACGAUGCCCCUCAGAAACAGAUGACCCACGUGACAGCAGAUUGCACUACUCCAGGUUCUGUUGAUCAUUCUGACCAGCCUCAGUGCCACAUGAAUACGUCAUUUGCAAACGAUGCCCCUCAGAAACAGAUGACACUUAUACCACAGAUUUUUUGA